CAUAAAUCAAGAUUAAGCUAGGCUCUAGUGAGAAAUCAUUGAUCAGGAUAUGAUUGGAUAGUGCUUGUUUCCGGGGCUCAGAUCCACUGGUGACGUCUGGUUUUACCAUCUGCAGCGAGACAGACUGGGCGAGAAUGGCUGCCGGGGGAGAGGUCGGAAAGCUGUUACAAGUGCAGAAUGGAACUCCAGCAAAUACAAGCAUCAAUGGGGUAGACGCUCUUCAUGCAUGCAACGUCCUCCAGCAGCUGAAAGUCCUGUAUGAUGAAGCACAGUUGACCGAUAUCGUUGUGGAGGUGGACCAUGGCAAAACAUUUUCCUGUCACAGAAAUGUCCUGGCCGCCAUUAGCCCUUACUUCAGAUCCAUGUUCACAAGUGGCCUUACAGAAAGCAGCCAGCGAGAGGUGCGCAUCGUUGGCGUGGAAUCAGAGUCCAUGCACCUAGUCCUGGACUACGCCUACACGUCCCGCGUCACGCUCUCCGAGUCCAACGUGCAGGCGCUUUUCACAGCCGCCAGCAUCUUCCAAAUCCCGGCACUGCAGGACCAGUGUGCCCAGUUCAUGAUCAGCCGCUUGGACCCGCAGAACUGUAUCGGCGUGUUCAUGUUUGCGGACGCGUACGGGCACCAGGAGCUGCGGGAGCGCUCGCAGGACUACAUCCGCAAGAAGUUCCUGUGCGUGGUGGGCGAACAGGAGUUCCUGCACCUGACCAAAGAGCAGCUGGUGGGCAUCCUGAACAGCGACGACCUGAACGUGACCAAGGAGGAGCACGUGUACGAAAGCGUGGUGCGCUGGCUGGAGCAGGACCGGGACGGGCGCCAGACUCACCUGGAAGAGGUGUUCUCCAAGUGCAUCCGCCUGCCGCUGCUGGACGAGGCCUUCCGCAGCCGCAUCCCGCCAGCCCUGGCGAUCGCCAUGCCCAAGGAGCCCGUCGACAAGGGCCACCUCAAUGGCACUAACGGGUGUCCGCAGCGGCUGGGCAUGACCGCCUCCGAGAUGGUGAUCUGCUUUGACGCUGCACACAAGCACUCAGGGAAGAAGCAGACGGUGCCUUGCCUGGACACGGCCACAGGGAAGGUGUACAAGCUGUGCAAGCCGCCCAACGACCUCCGCGAGGUGGGCAUCCUGGUCACCUCGGAGAACGACAUCUACAUCGCCGGCGGGUACCGGCCCAGCAACAGCGAGGUGUGUAUCGACCACCGGGCAGAGAGCGACUUCUGGCAGUACGAGCACGCCAACAACCGCUGGUUGCCGCGGGCGCCACUGCUGCGGGCGCGCAUCGGCUGCCGGCUGGUGCACUGCUGCGGAAAGCUGUACGCGCUGGGAGGUCGUGUCUACGAGGGCGACGGGCGGAACGCGCUCAAGUCGGUCGAGUGCUACGACGCCCGUGACAACUGCUGGACUGCCGUUAGCCCCAUGCCCGUUGCCAUGGAGUUUCAUAGUGCUGUGGAGUAUAAAGAAAGGAUCUACGUCUUGCAAGGGGAGUACUUCUUCUUCUUUGAUCCUCGGAGGGACUACUGGGGCCACUUAACCCCCAUGAGCAUCCCGCGGAGCCAGGGACUGGCUGUGCUGCAUAGAAACUGCAUCUACUACAUCGCCGGCGUCUGCAGGAACCACCAGCGCACCUUCACCGUGGAGACGUACGACAUCGAGCAGAACACCUGGAGCCAGCGGCACGACCUGCCCUUUGACCAGGCCACCAGCCCCUACAUCAAGGCACUGCUGCUGGGCGGCAAGCUGCACCUGUUUGUGCGCGCCACGCAGGUGAUGGUCGAGGAGCACGUCUUCCGCACCAGCCGCAAGAACUCCCUCUACCAGUAUGACGACGAGGCGGACCAAUGGAAGAAGGUCUACGAGACGCCCGAUCGCCUCUGGGACCUGGGCCGCCAUUUUGAAUGCGUGGUGGCCAAACUCUACCCACAGUGUCUUCUCAAAGUGCUCUGAUACAGCGGGGAGGAGAGGGGUAAUUGCCACCCUUGGCAUGCCUGAGGUGCUACUCGGCCACAGGGGUCAGAUGACGCCCUGCUCUGAGUGUCUCGGUCUAGAGACCAUCAGGAUUUCUAAAGUCUUAAACAAAGUGUUUGAGUGUCCGAAGGACAGCGUUUUUUGUUGUUGUCGUCGUUGCUGUGGGUGUACACUCUUCUAAAGGUGCCCGUCGUCGAUGCCUGUCCAGUGAGCACAGGGCACCCACACGAUUACUUGUUUUACAGCCGUACAAUGAAUCAUAAGUGCAAUUAUCAUAUGGUUUGCAAAACAUGUGUUUGAGCCAUCUGUCAUUCUUCUAGGUUUAAGACCGUUAGGGUAGGAUUGGUGUUUUCGUUUUUUCUUUAGUUUUGUUGGCAUGCAGUGUUGAGGGUGUUGUGAUGGGGCAACCUCUGGAAAUGGGUUCGUGCAGAGCAUUGACACCAGAAGUACAAAAAGCAAAUAUAUGAAAGAAUAUAUAGCUAUAUGUACUCAUACGGGUAUGUUGAGCGGGUGUGCUCUGUUAGGUAGCUAGGUUUAGAGAAAAAAAAAAAAAAGUAAUUUUGAUUUUGCCGUUCUUUUCAUUUUACUGUUUUGUGACGUUUGCCAUGCCUCCUAAUGCUUGGCCAUUCAUUUUAGAAUUGAGUUUGAGAUGUUUGUUUUACGUUUGAGUGUGUUUGGUUGUGAUGGGUAUGCGUUAUCAUUUUGGUGCAUUUCGUUGCAUUGCCAAGAUGUGCGAGAGGCCCCUCAUGCUGUUUCAUAAAACAGGCUUCCCUACUAUCUAUAUAUCUAUCUAAAUAUAUAUAUGUGUGUGUGUGUGUGUGUGUGUGUGUGUAUGUAUGUAUGUAUGUAUGGAUAAGUAUUGGUUAUGAAUGUUUGCAGUACGUCUCACCAGUUUGCUAUAUAUCACACAUUUUAUGUUUUGAAUUUUUCUUUUUUGUUGGUUUAUUUUGAGAUUAUUUUUGUUUGUCUUGUUUUGUGAAUCAGUAUGGUGGACAUUUUGGGUCUUACUCAACAUCCAAAUCUCUCAUGAAAAACAACUUACACCAGCCAGAACAUCUGUAGAAAGAAGUUACUUAGUCUCCAUAUUGGAGUAGAGAAAAAUAUGAUGAGUACAGCUGAAUGGGUAGCUGUGAGGGUGUGUGUGUGUGUGUGUGUGUGUAGGGAGGAUCCAAAACGGGCAGUAGGUUUUGCUGACAGAAGCGCCAUGCCUGUCUGAUAGGGAGUGAAGGGAAGAUUGUGGAGAGAGGGAUGUUGAUUUUUCUCAUUUUUAAAAAAAAGAAAGUAGUUGGGUCUGAGUGGUCAUCUCUCCGCAGGUGGCUGUCUGUGGACUUGACUCAGACUCUAAAACAAAACAUCUGCAUUCAGACAGGGCAUCUCAAAGGCCAAAAAUGCAUUCUGCGAAAUGCGCCAUUGUGGUCUGGAACGUUUGGUUCUCGUAGCAAUAACAGUAGAAGCUGAAAUUGUGUGGACAGGGGCGAAGGGAUAGGCUAGGCCUAAGGCGAAAGAACGAACAUAUUCCUCAAUUCUUCGAGAAAGUGCAUUAACAGUUGUUGCUAGCUAAAUGUUUGGUGCUGAAAUCGAUGUGAUCUGUGUGAGUUCUUAAGAGUGGUUUGAAGUCAUGUCCCUGCGAGUCCGUUAAGUGCAGAAUCCCUCCGGGAUGUCAUUGUGCCUAUAGAUAAAACAAAGCAGGCCUGCAGACAGAAUGCCGGCUGCGUGAUAUUUGCCUGUUGGAGUCGCAAGCGAAGCCCCUCUAAAGUCUUACUCAUUGUUGCACUGAAUCAUUUUUUCCACUUUUAAAAAACGGCUUGCCACUGCAAAUUAUUCCACACAACCGCCCCCCCCCCCCCCACCCCCCCACCCACUCCACAGACAUAAGUCAGGAUGGAGAAGCAUCCUGAGCUGUGUGUGUAUAUCCAUGCAUUCUCACUUCCUGGAAUACGAAUACCGAAAAAGAAGAAACAUUUGGUGCUGCUUAUUUGACAAUCUUGUACAGAAUUACAUGACGAUUACAGCCAUCGGGUAACGUCCCUUAUUGUAGCGCAACAUUGUUUUUUUUCUCAGUAGUUUUGAUCAUACACAGGUUCCUGCAGGUCCUGAGUUUGCACUACAUCCUCCUUUUAAUUGUGAAUAGCGGAGGUUGUCCUUUUCAAUCAGAUGACAAAGCAAUCUUGUGGAGAAAGCAGAACUCAAAACCUCAAAGCUCUGUUUCACAAAAAAAUAAAAGAAAUGUUAGUUUUAGUUUCGCCAUGUAUAGCAAGCAAUUGCAAAAGAUUUGAAAACAGUCAACAUAGACGGAUCACAGCUUGGCUUUGCUGUCAUCUGCCCCUCAUUGCUUUGCCGUCCCUGCCAGAUACAAGGCUCUGCGGGAAGCUACAGUGACUGGCGACGAUCAUGUGACUGUGGGGCGGGGACUGUCAGCACCUCAGAACCUCUUGACCCCGCCCAUGGCCUCCUCACCCCAUGUGAACCGCUGAAAAAAAGCUCAGAGGUGCAGGAACCCGAAGCAACGGACAACUCUCAGGAUUUCUAUUGUUAAACACAGUACUGUAUUUAAAUCAUUUGUUUAAAUGUGUAUUAUACUGUAUCAUAUGUUUGCUGUACUUGCACAGUUUCUUUUUUUCUUUUUUUUUUUUUUAAACAAACCCUGUUUGUUACCCUUCCCAACUUGAAUAAUAGAUGUGAUGGGUUCUUUGUAUGUCUCUGAUGGGUGUAUUAUUUUCUUUUUUCUAUAUUUACUCGUAGGUUUGGGUAUGUGAAAGAUUUUGCUCUGGGGUUUAAGAAAAAAAAAAGAAAAAAAAUACUCUCCAAACAAAAUCACAUUCGCUAUUAUAAAGUUCUAAUUCUCUAUUUUUGGAUUGCAUCACCACAGUAACAGUAUAAACUACAACUACAAAGCAUUACAGAUAUUAACUCCGUACAUUAACCUCUCAACAAACACCAGUCAUCCGUUGUACAAAAAGCUUCGUAAGAGAUAAAAACACACCUUAUGCUAUUGCCUGCUUUCCAUGCAAAAUGCUAUAGAGCUUGUGCUACCUUUGUUUGGCUCUCAAAGCUUUCUUGAGUAUCCACAGUUUGGUGGAUACCACCAGUGAGUUCUUCCUUCUAUUUGACUUUCUUUUUUCACUUUUGUUUGCUUGGUUGUAUGAUAUGAAACUUUGGUAACUAUUAAUUGAUCUUUACUGUGAACUUCACAUUGCACAUAAUUUGAAAAUAAAACAUUAAA